UCGUACGUCUUCUGCACGCUCGCCAUCACAGACGUCGGCUACACGAUGGUCUGCUACGGAAUCACUGCCGUCGUCUCCGUGGUAACCAUCAGUCACGUGACGAAGCACAUCAACCGGCUGGCGAUCAUGGGCGCCGGCCUCAUCUUCCACGUGUGUCUCUUCUGCGUCCUGUAUCUAUGGAAACCGGCAGACGAUGAUCAGCCGGUGUUCUACGUCAUGACGGCCGGCUGGGCGCUGUGUGACAUCAUCUGGACAUCGCAGAUAUACAAUCUGAUAGCGCUGCUGUGCGGGGACUGCUACGAACACGCGUACAAUGCCUACUACAUGAUACAGGCUGCAGGCCUGUCGGUGGCUUUCGGCUACAGUCCUUUCCUCUGCACGGAGACAAAGGUGUUUGUCGUCGGUGGCACCCUGGCGGUCGGUCUCGUCAUCUACAGCAUCAUCGAGCUGCGAAUUCAGAAGCUGAAGAAGGAACUGAUAUCGUCGUUUUGAUUGAUUUUUUUGGCGUUCGUUUGUUGUUGUUGGUGAUUUUGUUUUUUUGGUCUUAGGUGUCUCCGUUGUCGCUCUGUGUUGUUGAUGUCUCACGCGCGGUCGUUUUUCGGCUGUUGUUCCUCUUCUGAGGGAUUUUAUUUGUCGUCUGUAUCUCUGUGCUUCAUGCCGUCAUGAUUCAUCGCCUUAUUUGUCUCAUGUUCGUGAUUUAUUGAUUUGAGAUUGAGAUUUUUUCUCCCCUGCUCCGCAGUUGCUUUUUUCUUUUUGUAUUUAUACCUCCUCGCUUUAUUCUUUUGAUGCUCUCUCUA